GUCUGUGCGUCUUAUGGAGCUAAUAUGGGGACAGCCGGCCUGGUAUUCCCCCUGUUGCAGCUGCUGUGUCUGCAGUUUUCUGAUCAUCUCCUGUACUGUGUUUUGCAGUCUUCGGUCAUCAUCCUUCCUGUACUGUGUCCGCAGUCUCUGGUCAUCUCCUGUACUAUGUCCGCAGUCUCUGGUCAUCUCCUGUACUGUGUCCACAGUCUCUGGUCAUCUCUUUUACUGUGUCCGCAGUCUCUGGUCAUCUCCUGUACUAUGUCCACAGUCUCUGCUCAUCUCCUGUACUGUGUCCACAGUCUCUGGUCAUUCCUGUACUAUGUCCGCAGUCUUCUGGUCAUCUCCUGUACUAUGUCUGCAGUCUCUGGUCAUCUCCUGUACUAUGUCCGCAGUCUCUGGUCAUCUCCUGUUACUAUGUCUGCAGUCUCUGCUCAUACUCCUGUACUAUGUCUGCAAGUCUCUG